GGCCCGCGGAGUCCAGAUAGCAGUUGGGCGCGACGCCUCAGUAUCGCGCGAGUUACCGCCAGCGCCGGUCACGUUAUGCCGCUCCACGAAGUCGGCCGAGCGCGCUCCCGAACACGCUCACGAUAAAUCGCAGCCGUUCGCAGAGAAACGACGGUGGGAAAUAUUACUAGUAUCGAUUACCUUCCCUGUGUGAUGUCUAUUUGCACCAAUAAUACGAGUGUUGAGUUAUUCGAGUUAGAGUUACAAUAACCACAAGUGAACACGAUCUGGUCGGAAACUGUACGAAAGUGACACGCCGUUGGGAAACUUACGCGGUUUUGAAAAACAUCCAUUUGUGUGAACUAGCGUAUUUCGAAAGUGUGACUUCGGUUUCAGGAGGAAAAAUUCAAAGUGUAACAGUUUAUUGGUUCAAAAAUUUUGUAUGUGCAACAUCUGUCCUCGGCAGAGUAUACAGAUUUGAACAGAUCGUGUGAACAACCCGGCUUGCGGCGCUUGUAAACCGAGAAGCUGUCAAUAAUAUGGUGCAAUAAAAGUAAUAUGAGGGUGUUGGGUACGAUGCGUACCAGAGUAUACCGAACUGAUUUAUAAGUAAAGAAGGAAGGUAUUGAAUGAGACUGGGUGCGGUCGUCGUGGGGGCUUAAGCGGGGUAUGCGCGGCGGUGUUGUGCAGUGACGGCGUCCGGGCGGCUGCCAUGGGCGCGGCGCGCCAUGCGCUCGCGCACGCGCCCGCUGCGGCUGCUCCUGGCGGCGCUCGCGCUCGCGUCCUGCGCCGCGGCGCCCGCGCCCGAGCCGCGCGCGCAGCGCUCCGCCAACCUGAGCCACAUAACAGGCACCUCCCGCACCAUACAGAUGUUCCUCAAGAAUCGCUAUCUGCAGCUGCUGCCGGAUGGCACAGUCAACGGCACCACAGAUUACAACAGCGUUUACACGAUACUUCGGCGUGCGACGUACAAUGCAGGCCUCCUGACGAUCCAGGGGGUCUCCACCUGCCUCUACCUCUGUAUGGAUGCCUGCGGAUUCCAGUACGCUCAUAAGGAUCUCUCGGACGAUUGCGUGUUCACGGAACAUAUAGAGGAGAACAACUACAACACAUACUCGCGGUUACGCAACGGGAAGAAAACUUUCUUGGCGCUAGACAACAGGGGGAGAGCGCGACGGACGCAGAUCCCCAUGAGUCGGCCGCUGGGCAACCUGUCGCCCUACGCGCUCACGCUGACACGGCGCUGGGACGGGCCCAAGCAGUCGCACUGCCCGCCGCGGCGGCAUCGCGGCAGGCUGAAGCGGCCCCCGCCGCGGCAUCGGAACUGCCACAUACGCCUUCAGAAAGCCAAUCUGAGGCAUAAGAGGAAGCACAAGAAGGCUAACAAUCCCAAGAAAAAGCAGCGGCAUCCGAAAACGAGGAGAAAACAUGAGAACGGGACGACGACCACGACCGAGGUGACGUGGGACGAGUCGACGAUGUCGACCAUGUCUACGACGGACGUCGAGUUUUUUCGGUCGGCGACCGCGCAGGAGGCGGUCGGUCGCGCGUGAGUCGGGCGCUGGUCGCGGUCGGGGCAGCCGUCGCGCUCGCACACUAGCACCGUUCCACACUUACACGUGCAAGAAUCUCUUUAUCAUUCCUAUUUAGUGCCGUUCCCGUUCAUAUACGGAACGGCUCGUCAAAUAUUUACGACAAAGUAGCAUUGCUCUCUUACGAAUGGGGCUCCAAUUUGACUGUCAAGUUGAACCCCGUGACGCGUUCAUAACGAAUGUUUGUCGAAACUUGUACUUCGUUUUUCCUUUACUAGUAGUACGUACGGAACAUAAUACUCAAUGUUGAGUGAGGCGGUGUUGCCGUUAAAGUCGAUACAUGUUAACAAUAAAACGAAUGAUAUUAUUCUACCAAAGCUACUGAAAUUAUCUAUCUCAAUUUAUAUUCCUAGUUCGCUUUAAAACGUAGGUUUAUCGGCAAGAUUCCAGUUGUUAGUUACUGUUACUCAUCAAGAAAUUAACGUAGAUGAUAAAUUAACUUUAUUCGAUAAUGACUAGAACAUUGAUUGUUUUUAACGUCGAGAUUAUCGUUUGGUAAGGUGGAACUGUGUUAGGAGAAGGCAAAAGAUUCCUGUCAAUUAAAAUUUAGCCUAAAUACUAAUCGUUUCGGAAUCACUCUCUCGAGCGUGCGUCGCUUCAUUCAGCUCCUCAUCAUCAAUGUUCAUUUCUAAUAUUUCUUCAACUGGUGUAUCUAAAAAGCUAUUAAGUAGCAUUCAUGUAAUAUGUUUCAUUAAUUAAGCUUAAGUUAUUCGUUAAUGGAUUUGAUCGGAGUCCAAUCCGUUCCGUUACAAACACAACAUAUAAACUGACCAGAUAUCUUAAAUGCUCGUAAUUUUCCACAUUUACAAAGUGCUCUAAGAGCUACGGUAUUCAAAUAAAGAAAUUAACGCUCCAUUCCUUUUUAUGCAUGAAUCUAAAACGCGACUUUAACGUACUUGAUCACCUAAAAUUAAACCAUCGUAGACCACCAUCACAAUUUGCAUCCAAAUGCUUCAAUAACACGAAGAGAAGAAAUUCCGAAACGUUUUUGUACUUAGAUACGUGUGUUGAGGUGUAAUUUCAUAAGAAAUUGACUGAAAAUUGGACUGAGUAAUGUAGUUUAUGUUGGUUUCGGCCUAGGCUAUGAUAGGAUAACGUAGUGCGGCGGACGGCAUGCUUCUGUAUUAAUUUGUAAGUUAUAUUCGAGCGUCGGACGCGAGCGGCCGUGUAUAAUGACUCCGAAAUUAUAAUCGACGGGGAUAGAGUUCCCACGCGUGCCGGUGGCUUGGCGACACUCGACAUCCCCCGCGCCGUCACGACUAAACCAGUUCGAACGACUAAAUAUCAAAAAAGGCUAUAAAAUUAUAAUUGCGCAAGGCACGCCUCUAGUACAGGCCCGCUCGCUUCGACUCGUCCAAAAAUGUAGUGAUAAACAUUAACGACGACGAAGUGACUAUUAGUAAGUAGUUCUAAAACGUGUAUCUAAUUUGUAAAUUUAUUUAUUUUCCAUAGAGAAAGUGGUAUUUUGUUAACGUUUUAGUUGAUGUUUUUUAUUCUCUCGUCCCCUUUAGUUCCAACCGACUGUAGGUGUGUAGGACGUCAUACGCUUGUACUUUUAGUGAGCCUAUAUUAUUUGUAUUAUAUUUUUAAGUCCGUUCGGUAACAAUAUGUGCUCUGUAUGCAGUUUUGUAUAGUGUGUAAUGGAUGCAUUUGCAAAUAUUGUGAUUGAAUGGAUUUUACACGAUUACAUUCUCUUUAGUGAUGUCCCUCGCAUUCUGAAUAUGUGCGCAGAUUUGUAGCAGGUGUAUCUUGAACUUUGUCAGCGAACAUUUUUUAUACUAGCACCAUAUUAUUUUGUAUGUAAUCGUUACAUCCCUAGAGGCAAAGGUUACUAUGUAAAGGAACAUAUGUUCAUGAAUUAUGGAAAACAGGUGUCCCACUUUCAGUUUUAGAUUAUAAUUAGUGUUGUAUAUAUUUUGAAUUUCUCUUGAAUUCCACGCCGCGAUAAGAUCGAUUGAACAGGUUCGUGGUAGCGUGGAACGGCUCUAAGAUUCAGAGUACCUAAAGAAGUAAAAUUUAAAUGUAGGUAAACUUUUCUGGUAUAAUCGAUGUUCGCUGAUCAACAUUUUCAGGAGUUUUUUGUGAAUAUAUGCAGCAAGCUUUAUGAAUGUACCUACGUAUGUUAUACGAAUGAUAUUUUGAAUUUAUUUAUAUAUAUGUAUAAUAUUUUAGGUAUCACAUGAAAGCGACAUGGAAUACGUACAUAACGAAGCAUUUACUCAUCUUAUAAACAUUUUAUAUAAAAUAAUCACGAUCGUACCGAUUCCUUGUCGUUUUCGUAUAAGUCAAUAAAUUAUUCGAUUCUCGGAUUCGUUAUACUUGACUCGUUAUUGUAAAUGAAUACCAAUCGAUCUUUAUGUUAGUGUAGAAGCAGUAUUUCGGUAUUGUAAAAAUGGUUCUCCGUUACAGUAUCUAGUUUUUGUAGUUUUAUAAUUUGAAUAGAGAUUGUAAGAAACUUCAGCAGAUGCCAAUUGGUUUUAUUUUGUUCUCCUAUACGUAAAUACAAACUGACAGGUCUUACAGGCGCCGUUUUGACAAACUCUGCCUCGCUGUCCACUGUUAAAAAAAAUUAAGUCCAAUGACAGUUCUUUUUUUUAAAGUACCAGCCAUGUAAAUGGUCAUAUUCAGUCUACUAAGUAAUAAAAUAGAAAUAAAUAUAAUUUAUCAGUCUGCUAUAUAAAAUUAUGCGAGAAUUCGUGAGUUUGCAUAACAAUGUGCCGAUGAUGGUGUAAAAAUAUGAGUGUUAUGUUAAUUUAAUGCCCAUGUGCCAUAAUACUGCCCUCUGGGUUAGCCUACCGAUUCAAUAUUCACUGUUAAUUUUCACGAAGUUGCUAUACUCAAGUACAUAAUGUCAAUAUUGUUAAGAAAUAAGGGGAUUAGCCACUUCACGGCCAAUAACGGACAAUAUAUAAAUUGUAGAUAAAAUAAUUAUAAAUUUCUUCUCUGAUCGUGGUGUAAAUACCCCUUGUUUCUCGAAAAUUAUAUAUAAGUAUGUCAAGAGGAGUCAAACAGUAUUACUUACUUAAUUAAUUUCGAUACCUUUUUACAAUAAUUAAUACAUACUUUUAAAAUGUUCGUGUUUGCUUAGUGCAUUUAUACAUGUACAAUUAAAAAUUAAUUCUGAAUAAUUUAAAACUUUUUGAAUGUAAACAAAAUAAAAAUAAAAUAUCUUUAGAUGUUUAUUCUAAAGUAGAAUUUUAAAAUUUUACCUAUUUACCUACUUAGUGCUACCAAAAGAAAGAUUGAUCGAAACUUUUAGACAAUAACUUUUUACAGCCUCUUAUACCGACGAAUAAAUAAAAAUGAUUCUAUAA